UUUUCCCCUCCUGUGCAGUAUGAAGGGCUCCCUGUUGGUGGUUCUGUCGCACGACCCUCCUCCGUUACAGCCUACUGUUGGACCGCUGCAGAUGUCAGGGAGGACUUGGCCAGGCCUUGUUGGAGGAGCUUCCAUGUUUCCAGAGCUGCUGCGACCUGCUUCCAGACUGCCACGCUGUAGUUUUUCCUACCAUUCCCACUCCCACACUCACAUCUGGAGGGUGUUUGUGUGCGACUCCUCAUCUGCUAUGGGCCAGUGUGUGUCUGGACUGGACUUCAGACCUGAGUGGACGUCGCUCUGAAGGGCUUUUCUGGAGCUGAAGACUGAAGACAGCCAAAAAAAAAAGUUGCUCUUGUACAUGUCCAGGAGCUCUCGGCAUCAACAAUGGACUUUCUCAAACACUCCAUCCUGCACUCCUUGUGCUUGUUGCUCAUGGCCUGCGCGUUGGUGCAAUGCCAGACACCUCUUGAAUUUGAAGAAGAGGAGGAUGAAGCAAUCGUGGAGACUGACCUCACAACUGCGCAGACAAAAACAGAGCCAAUCGAAUGUCCGACAGAGUGCAGCUGCACAGUGGAGGGAGGAGUGGACUGUGCAGGAGUGGACCUCACAGAGUUCCCCCCGGAGCUGUCUGAGAAAACACGGCAGCUCUCUCUACAGAACAACAAGAUUGAGGAGAUAACUGUGGAGCACAUUUCUCAUCUGCAUCAGCUGGAGACUCUCAACCUUCAGAACAACUUACUCACCUCAGAGGGGCUAGAAGAUGAAGGUUUUGAGACGCUUGAUGAGCUGGCAUAUUUAUAUUUGGCAAACAACCAGCUCACAUCUGCCCCCAAGGUCCUGCCUCCCUCUUUGGUUAGUGCCGAUUUUGCAGCCAAUCAGCUGACCAGGAUCUACCCGUAUACAUUUGGCCACAAGCCGAAACUGAGGUCUGUGUAUCUCCACAACAACAAGCUCACUGAUGCUGCUCUACCUGAACACAUGUUCAAUGGUUCGGACAACCUGGAGAUUCUCACCAUGUCUAGCAAUUUUCUGCGGAUUGUUCCCAGCAAUCUUCCGUCUGCUUUAUACCGUCUUCAUUUGAAGAGUAACAAGCUGGAAAAGAUCCCAGCAGGUGCUUUCAACGGCUUACCAAACCUGAGAGAGCUGUACCUGCAGAACAACCUCCUGACCAACGACGGCAUGGACAACGAGACCUUCAGCCAGCUGAGCAGCCUGGAGUGUCUGGACUUGUCAAAUAACAACCUUAGUGUCGUCCCUAAGGGUCUUCCACGCAAUCUGGUGCUGCUCCACCUCGAGAAGAAUUCUAUCCGCAGCAUCCCUCAAGAUGCUCUUGUGUCUGUUCGAAAUUUGGAGUACAUUCUUCUCCACAAUAACAAGCUCAAAUCUCGUUCAAUCCACCCGAGUGCCUUCCAGGGUUUGAAGAAGCUACACACCCUUCAUAUGUACAACAACCUCCUGGAGCGGGUUCCCAGGGGGCUGCCCCGAAGAGCCAAGACCCUGAUGCUGCCGCAUAACCUGAUCUCAGAAAUUGGCCGUAAUGAUCUGGUCCUGCUCUACACCCUGACUGAGCUCAACCUGAACUACAACCAGCUCACUAACGCCAAGCUGCACCGUGAUGCAUUCAGGAAGCUUCGGUUCCUGGAAACACUGGCUCUGUCUGGGAACAGCCUGCACUCGCUGCCAAUGGGUCUGCCACGCAGCCUCAAAGUGCUGGAAAUCAAGAACAACCAGCUCAGCUCCAUUCCGCAUGGCGCAUUGACGGGCAUGGAGAAGCUUCAGAAGCUCAUCCUCAGUGACAACCAACUGAAGCUGAACUCCGUCUAUCCGGGUGCUUGGCUGGAGCUGAGUGCUCUGACGACCUUAGACUUAUCAGGCAACUUGAUGUCUCACAUCCCCACCGACCUGCCGGAGUCGCUAGAGUAUCUGUACUUGCAGCGAAAUCGAAUCUUCAGUGUUCCUGCCUCCGCCUUCGAAGGCACACCCAAUCUUAAAGGCAUCUUCUUGAGGUUCAACCGCCUAUCUCCAGGCUCGGUGGACGAGCUCUCCUUCACACACCUGAGCAACCUGCAGGUCCUGGACAUUGGCACAGGAAACACGGACAUGUCCAAAAAAGAUGGUGUGGAGCUGACAGAGGAGCAGGACGCUCAAGAGUCACUUAAUUGAAGUAAGGAUGGACUAGAACAUUGAAGGCACCCAAGGUUGACUCAUGAAAGAGUGUUGUGACAUUUUUCUGGUGCAGGAUGCCGGAUAAAGUAGCUUCCACUUGAUGGGCUGGUUAGAAAUGCAUUUAUCAGCGCUUUAAUAUUUGUGUAUGUUGACACCUGGUAUUCAUUAUGGUUGCUGUCUUUCUCUGCUUGAUUCUGACCAAUACAUAAAGCACAUUUAAGAA